UCGUCGUCUGUUCCCCACCCCUGGCCCGGCGGAUACCUCCACGUCCCCACGCCUGCGUUGCAGUUCCCCUGCGCUUCCUUCCGACGGAGAAACUGAAAACCAUUCCGAUCAUCUCUCCGUGAAAUCUCUCUCGCCAAUCUCUCGCCGUUCCGGUAAGCUUCGUUGCUUUUCUCCUUCUACCAUUCGCUUUCGUAGCGUAAGUACGAUGGAGGCUCGCUUGCCGUCUUGUGCUGGCCUGCAGAAGUGUCUGAUUCUAAUAGGUAGACCGGCAGCUGAGCAUUUCUGUUCUCUAAUUUCAUCUCGUAAUCCUGUGUGUGUUUGUAAGAAUUGAUGAUUCGAGAGUCGAGACUAUCUCGCGAACUUUCCUUGCUUCCAGUUUCAUGCCGAUUUUUCGAAUUAAAGACCGGCCGGAAAACUAACGCUCCGGCUAGAUCUCUUUCCGGAUCACAGGACCCGGUGCGCAAAAGCAAACUUGCAGUGAUAGUAUUUCUUGUGGCUGAAGUCUUCCGGAGGACUUUCACCUCCCAAAUUCUUGUUUUUUUUCUACAAUUAAUGCUUUCCUCUUUACCUAAUUCAUCGUUUUAUGAUUAUCAGCUUGAAUUAACUGUUUUUGUGAUAACGUUGUAACUUGUAAGGGAAUAGAUCUUGGUGCUUUCAAAUAAUCACUAUCCUAACUUCGAAACCAAGCUUCCCCAUAUUUAUAGUGAUAGGAUCGCUAUUUCCUAGUGUGUUCUUACCCACAAUUGUACGGUCUUGUAUGUAUGAUUUAAUGGUAACUCUAUAUCUGCUACAAGUUUCUGAGUUUUUGUAGCAAAUUGACCACUUUGUUUACUGUGCUUGGCUCUUUGUGUUUUGGCAGCAGGGCUUAUUUGUGUAUAUGGAAAUGGUAUGCUUGUAGAGUUUUCCGUCCUGAUUCUUUGUUUACAUGAUUGUAUUUUGUUAUUAUCUCAAAUAGGGAAUGGAAAAGUCGAUCAGACUGCACAAGCCUUCAGCGUCUUUCGAGUACGAGCUCUUUGAUGGAGAUCCUGACCACCUGAGAACAGUUGUGGCUACACCUACACAGACUGUGCCAUGGAUCAAUCCUUUUGAGUUGAAGUUCAAGCACAGGAUUGGCCGAGGAACAUUUGGUGAUGUAUGGUUAGCAACACACCAUCAGUCUUCCGAUGACUUUGACGAGCACCAUGAAGUAGCUGUCAAGGUGCUACACCCUCUAAAGGAUGACCUAGGGCAGAAAUUUGUGGAGAAUGUUGAAGGCCUGUUCAUGAGAAUGAGAGAACUCCAAUGCGUUUGUUGGUUGCAUGGUAUCUCAAAGAUAAAUGGCCAGAUUUGCAUUGCAAUGAAAAUCUAUGAGGAAUCACUUGCUGACCAGAUUGCUAGAUCAAAGGGAGGCAAGCUCAAACUACCAGAUGUCUUGAGAUAUGGCAUUGACUUGGCAAGAGGAGUCCUACAGUUACACUCGCUUGGUUUGUUGCUACUGAAUGUCAAACCUUCCAACUGCCUUCUCGAUGAGCACGACCAUUUAGUGAUUGGGGAUUUCGGCAUCCCUUACCUUCUUCUAGGUAUACCUUUGUUGAAUUCAGAUGUAGCCUUGAGGCUUGGAACUCCAAGUUACAUGGCCCCUGAACAAUGGGAACCAGAAGCAAGAGGUCCGUUGUGUCUGGAGACUGAUUCUUGGGGUUUCGGAUGUAGCAUAUUGGAGAUGUUGACUGGGAUUCAUCCUUGGUCUGGAAAAUCACUGAAGGAGAUUUAUAAAGCUGUUGUGUUCAAGCAAGAGAGGCCAUCUAUACCUAGCGGUUUGCCUCCUGCCGUGGAACAUGUUAUUUCCGGCUGUUUUGAGUAUGAUCCACGAAACCGACCCUUAAUGGAUGACAUCCUGGUUGCAUUUGAGAGCUCGCAGGUUUCUGUUCAAGCCGAUGAAGGAUGGAUUAGUCCACAGCGGGGCAGUAAAUCAUUCCAAGAAAAGUCACCUGUCGUCGGCUAUACAACCUGGUACCUCUCGAAAGAUUAUCUCCAAGUAGACGACACCGUCCGUUCAAGAAAACCCCUGAACGCACAAAAGCCGCAGACCUUACCUCUGCAGAAAGGAACAGUCGUCGGAACAGACUCUGAAAGAUCUGGACUCGUUCUGGUGAAGAUCUCCGGAGUUCACAACCCUGUGAAGAUACAGGAGUCCACCCUCGUGAGGGUUGCAUAUGGUCUUUCAGCUGGUGACUGGGUUCGUCUGAAGGCAGACAACAACUGCAGCAACCACUCUCGUGUCGGCAUUCUCCAUUCCAUCAAACGGAAUGGACGUGCAGCUGUUGGAUUUGCCGGACGUGAAAUCCUCUGGAUGGGAGACGUCUCCAAGCUUGAAGUAACUCAACCUUACUAUCUAGGCCAAUUCGUACGCCUGAAAGCUGACAUUUCUUCUCCUCGAUUCAGUUGGCCUCGCAAGGGAAGAUCUGUCUGGGCUACUGGCCGAGUCUCACGCGUGCUUCCAAACGGAUGUCUCGUAGUAAGCUUCCCAGGACGGUUUGUGUUUGGUGGUGACGAUUCAGAAUCCUACUUGGCGGAUCCAGAUCAGGUUGAGCUCGUUACCUUCGACACGUGUCCUGGGAUUGUGGAGAAAUACAGGCACGUGGAGGAUUUUCACUGGGUGGUUAGACCGUUGGCUGUUGCACUGGGCGCAUUCACUGCAAUGAAGCUCGGUAUGGCCGUUGGACGAGCUGUGAGCUGCAAACUUGGGAAGGGGUCGAAGUCAGAUGAGAACAAAGCUGGUGGAAACACGGCUUGGCUCCCUCAUCCUGUUGCCAACAUAAUAAAAGAGAUGCAUUCUUGACCAAACAGGUUCGCCUCCUGUUUCCUGAAUGCAGGUAGUUGGCAGAGCCGUAAAUAAAGCUUCCAAAAUGUACAUAUUGUCCUCGUCUGUGUAAUUCCUUCUCUGUAGGAAUUGUUCCCUUC